AUGGAGAUAGAGCGGUUGUUUGGCGUCCAGAAUUUUGCAGAUGUACCUGAAUAUGAGGUAACCGCGCCUUAUCAGUCAAAUCAAGAUGGCGACUUCGUGACACACAUACUCCACGAGAGACACAAGCGCGAUGUUCACGCGAGGAAUCAUGAUUGGUACUAUAAAACGGAUGCGUUUGGGAACAAACUUCAUUUGAAACUUACAAGAAACACGCAGUUGGUAAAACCUGGCCUGGAGCUUGAAAAACCACACGAGAACGGUGACGUCACAAGGAUGCCUGUUCAGUCUUAUUCAUUUUUCCAUGGAAGAGAAAUUUCGGAUCCAGACUCUUUUGUGGCUUUAAGCAAUGCAAGAGGACUGACAGGAAUGAUGAAACUAUCAAAUGAUACACUCUUCAUUACUCCACUUCCUGAUCAUCUGGCAAAACAUGUGAUUAUCAGGAAUGCCGCUAAGCUGCACCUUGUUUACAGAAGAUCAUCAGCGUCUAUGCACUGCCUUGGUGCAUCAGGAGUUGCUUCAAACUCCGCAUACUCAGGCAAGAAUUACGACGAAGUCAAUAAAACCACCCACACUAAACUUCUCGCCCACAAGUACUUGCAGGCUGCGCUGGUAGCAGAUGAGAAUGUGGAGGCUAGACAUGGAAAGGAGACAGCGCACUUCUUGUUAGUUUUGGCUAACAUAGUUUCUGGAAUGUUCCGCGACAAUUCUAUCGGGAAAAUUAAAAUUAAUUAUAUUGUCAGCCGACUUGUCAUUAUUACUAACAAAGAGCUGGGAGUAAGCGUGGGUUCUUCAUCGGAAGAUAAAUUGGACAAGAUCAGACAAUGGGCAGACAGAAUCAAACCAGCCAAUCAGAGCGAUCCCUUGUUUUGGGACGUUACAUCACUCGUCCAUAUUGGAGGAUUUGGAGGUUUAGCCGUAUUUGGAGGCGUAUGUGCGAGCAGGGUCACUGGCAAUGUAAAUGCGUAUAGUGGAUUGCAAACAGCCGGGAUUAUUGCACACGAAGUUGGACACAAUAUCGGCGUAGAUCAUGAUGAGAGCGACGACUGCCCCGCUGGCGUGAACAUCAUGGCUCCUACUCUGCCGGGAGGACAAGGUGCCUUGAAAUGGUCACCAUGCAGCCAAAAAGUACUUCAGGAGUUUCUCAGUGGACCUGGCUCCAAAUGCUUGGAUGACCCUCCAAGGAUAUUCCUGCCUGGAUCUAACCUCUCGGAUAAGGCGGACAGAAACCUUCCUGGCGUUUUGUUUGACGGAGAUGCUCAGUGUGAAUUUCUUUACGGCGUUGGAUGGCGACAUUGUUCAUUUGAGAAGACAAACUGUGGCUCUUUGUACUGUGAAAGAUCAUAUGGUAGUUGCAACAGUAAACUUGCUCCCCCAGCUGACGGUACAAACUGUGGGCCACGUCAUUGGUGCAUAAAGGGCAAUUGUGUUGACAAUGGUUUACCCAGAGUUGAUGGUGGAUGGGGGGAGUGGUCUGAAUACAGUCCUUGCAGUCGGACAUGCGGAGGAGGAAUACAGCACAGAACAAGGGCCUGCACUAAUCCACCACCUGAAAAUGGGGGUGAGAAUUGCCCAGGAUCUGCAAGAGGGAAAUGGAAAAUAUGCAACUGGCAGGUUGAAUGUCCUUUGCCUUCUUAUCGAGAUCAACAGUGCAUGAAUAUACAUCCGAAAAGGAGAGCUUAUUACAUUUCAAAUCCUUGUAGGCUUGCCUGCAUUGAGGGGUGGAUACUAAGACUUUAUGGUUCAGUGGCUGAUGGAACACGAUGCUCUAAUCAUCCUGAAAAUCGUGAUGUCUGUAUCGAAGGAAAAUGUCGAGCUGUUAGCUGCGACCACGGAAUCGAGUCUGGAGCAAGAAAAGAUCGCUGUGGAAUUUGUGGUGGCAUAGGAGACACGUGCGUUUUGGUGAAUUCUACGUACACAAAAGAUCACAGGGAAUACGGUUAUGGAAAAGAAGACACCAUUCGCGUGUUACCUCUAGGGACAACAAAUGCCAUGUUCAAGUGGAUUGGAAAAGACCACAACAUGUUGCACGGUCUCUGUGGCUCAAUGGUAGAACAUCAGAGCAUCAGAGCAUCAGAGCAUCAGAGCGUCAGAGCGUCAGAGCGUCAGAGCGUCAGAGCGUCAGAGCGUCAUAGCAUCAGAGCAUCAGAGCAUCAGAGCAUCAGAGCAUCAGAUCAUCAGAGCACGAAAUCAGAAGGUGUUAAAGAUUCUCAUAGCGGUGAAUACAUAAUAAAUCUCCCUUCCCGGAGUCAAACUGUUUAUUACAAUGGAACAAAAAUUGAAUACAAAAGUGAACGGAAUAAACAUGAAGAUUCUAUAUUUAUAGCUGGACCCACGAAAAUUCCCUUUGAAAUUGUGGUGUCAGAACUCGAGAUCUCAGUUGCGUUCGAUCUGAUGAUGGUACUCCUGCAUCAGUGCAUUCCUGUUCCGACGUAG